CUGACCCCUGAUCGCAACGCAAGUAGCACAAAUGAAGUUGACUCACCCUCCACUCCCCCUGCCCCUCACCUCCCCCCGAAAAAGGAAAGGCUCAGCCCAGAGCUCAGCUAGCCAGAUCUGUGGCUAGGGAGGCCGACCCGCCUGGAGAGGGGCAGCACCGACCCCUCAAGUCCCUCCCCUCCCGUGGCCCCAGCCAGUCUCCCGCGGCUGCCGCCCCCGACCAGGCAGGCAGUUCCAGAGCAGGCGAGGGAGGCCGCCACCCUCCCAACCCCAGCCCCUCGGCUCCGCCCGCCCUCCCGCUCCGCCAUGGCUCAGCCGAUGGAGGUGGGCGGCGGGGACGGCGCAAGGCAAGAAGAGGAUGCGGUGGGAGAGGAGGAGCAAUACGAGGUUUGGUCCCGGACUAAAAGUCCGGUGCAGAUCCGGGUAGCCAUCCAGGCGGCCGAAGAGGAGGAGGAGGAAGAAGCGAGGGCCUCAAUGGGGGGCGUCGGGGAAGGGGAAGACGACGGGGACUCCGCUCGCUAUCUCAGUCCCGGGUGGGGCAGUGCCAGCGAGGAUGAGCCGAGCCGCGGGCACAGCACUACUACAAGUGGAGGAGAAAAUGAUGGUUCUGACCAGGACCAGGACUGGAAACCACCAAGCUAUGAGUUAAUCUUGAAGCUGGUUGAUCAGAUUGAGUUCUACUUCUCUGAUGAAAACCUCGAAAAAGAUGCCUUCCUGCUAAAACAUGUGAGAAGGAACAAGCAGGGCUAUGUGAGUGUCAAGCUACUCACAUCUUUCAAAAAGGUGAAGCACCUUACUCGGGACUGGAGGACCACAGCCUAUGCCUUGAAGUAUUCAGAGACUCUAGAGUUGAAUGAGGAUCAUCGGAAGGUGAGGAGGAUCACACCGGUGCCUUUCUUCCCUGUUGAAAACCAGCCCAGUAGGAUGCUCCUGGUCUAUGACCUCCACCUGUUUCCUAAGCCAUGGGCUCUGGCUGUUCUUCAGGAGAACGGAAGGCUACAAGAGAAGGUCAUGGAGCAUCUUCUGAAGGUCUUUGGAACAUUUGGAGUCAUCUCAUCCGUGCGAAUUCUCAAGCCAGGGAAAGAGCUACCUCCUGAUAUCCGAAAGUUUAGCAGCCGGUACAGUCAAGUAGGGACUCAAGUGUGUGCCAUUGUGGAAUUUGAAGAGGUAGAUGCUGCCAUCAGGGCCCAUGAGUCCAUGAGCAUGGGAUCUCCAAGUAAAGGCAGCAUCAAAGUAGUCCUCAUCGGGAUGAAAGCACCCAAGAAGAAAGGAUCGAAAGAGAAGAAUCCGGAGGAGGAAGCUGCCGUGAGUGUCUACCAAAACAAGACCCUCAAUAAGAGAGUGGAGGAGCUUCAAUACUUGGGUGAUGAGUCAUCGGCCAACAGCUCUUCAGACCCGGAGAGUAAUCCUACAUCCCCCAUGGCUGAACGGCGGUACGUGGCCUCCAGCAAGCUUAGUCCUUCUGUCUAUUCAAACCAUCACCUGAGUCCAAAUGCCUCCCCUCGCUCCAGUCCUUGGAACAGCCCCCUGGUGCAGCGUAAAGGAGUGUCCAAGAAGUCUCCACUGGCAGAGGAUGCCACGCUGAACUCUAGUGCCAGCCCUGACAGUGUUCAGAAAUGCACAGAUUAUUCAUCCGACAGCAGCAUCACUCCCUCCAGUAGCCCCUGGGUGCAGAGGCGUCGCCUAGCCCAAUGGGGAACGCACGAGAGAAGUCCAGCUGCCAGUCCGCUCCUCACCCGCAAGGUCCAGAAUGCAGAUGGGUCACCUGUCGGGGUAUUGAGGUUGCCAAGAGGCCCUGAUGACACCAGAGGAUUUCAUGGGGGAUACGAAAGAAAAAGGGUCUUUGUGUAAACAUAGUCGAUACCAGCUCCAUAGUAAACCAAUUUUAUUUUCCUGAUCCAACAAAACAUCUGGCAUGUUCAAGGACUGGCUCAAGUAUAAGUUUUAAUGUUUUGUAUUGGUGUAGAUUUCUUAAUUUAUAUAUUUGUAUUGGCAGGUAAUUGCAUUCUGAAGAAUGUCUCCUUAGUUGCAAACAACCAUUUAUCUUAGUAGAGUCAUUUUGAGGAUGUCAUAUAUAUGUCAAUUUAAUGGUACUGAGCAGGAAUAGGAGAGAUUGUCGAGGAAAGACUGAACAGAGACUAUUCUGAUUUUUAAAGAAAUAAACCAUAGUCUCUCCCUUAAGAUGGGAUAUGGGUAGAAAUUGUGCUCCCAUCUGGAGUCCAAGGGGUCUAGUUCUCCUAUGGCUCUAAAGACCAAAAGAGUCCUUUUAAGGACAACCCAUUUGACUGAUGACAUCCAUGCAUGAUUUACUCUCCUAUAGUCAGUCAGUCAACAUUUGUUAAGUGCCUACUCUGUGCCAGGCACUGUGCUAAGCUCUGAUCUCUUAGGAUCAAAACAUAAAUGUAUACAUUCUCUUACAAGCUAAUUAAAGGGAGAGAAUAUAGGAAUAAUGAAUGGCUCUAGGGUCUCAGGCUAAUCUUGACCCAUUGGGAUGAUGAACUGACAUAUCAUUUGGGAUUAAUAAAUUAGUUAGCUAGCCCUAAUGGAAGAGUCAAGAAAAAAUAAGAUCAUAGAUUGAAAAGAACUUGGCCAGUGUGUCACAAUGGAACAAUUUAGCUUUCCCAGGUUCUUUCCCCAAUUUCAUAGAAUAAUAGAAGGGAAGAAAAAACAAUCUUGUUAUUAUACAGACUCCCAUCAUAUGAAUGAAGCUAUUUCUACAAUUAUUUGGAAGAUUUUUUUUUCAUUUUCUUUAGCAGGAGAGAAUGUGUUGGAAGUAAGAGCUAGUAUAUAUUUCUAAACUGUUUUGGCCUCCAUGGCAAACCUAGUUUCGGUUCAGUAUUACAGAUCCAUUCAAAAGUGGGUUUCAGGUUCCUUCAAAACACUUUCUAUUUUCAAGGGGACAAAAGACGAAGGAGUUCUUUCACAAUGUCCCCGAGUUCAGUGCUCCCUUGCUCCUCCAAUCUCAUUGGCUUCUUUAGUCAAUCAAUGAUUUUCAUGUCUGGAAACAUUUUUAGAGUUAAUAUUUGUUUUGGUGUCAGGUUAUCUGACACAGUAUAGUAUCUUGUAGUAAGAGUCUCUUCCAGGUGUAGCUUGCUGGCCAUUUACUUGUUUAAAUCGUUCGGUUCUUUCCAGCCUAUGACAAAGUCUUCCUCUUGGAUUUGUCCCCACACGAGACAAGCUGGGUCUUCUGUCUUGGAAACUUUAGAUCAGCCUCUUCUCAUUCUCCUCUUCUUCCAUUCUCCCAGAAUGUUUACACUCUUCCCCUCCUCCUUUUGUAACAGCACUUGUCCCUGCUUCCAUGCAAUAAACUAAAAUGUCCAGGUCACCUUGCCAGUCAGCCUGCUCUUUCCUAAUCUCUGGCUAAACCCUCAGCCGUGACACAGCCUUGCUAUUUGUUAGUUCCCGAAAAGCUUGGCUGGGAAACCCAGCCCAGGGUGUUUUUACAGAUGUUUUGUUGAUUUUAAUGAAAGCCAGAUCCCACUUCACUCUGCUGCAUGAAACUGACCGCUGAGGCAGGAUUGGCCAAAAAUUCCCAUCUUCAGGGAAACAGCCCCAAACACCAAAUCCAGUUCCUGAGCAUCAUCUCAGCAGAUGAAUUAUUCCAUCACCUUGUCCAAAUGUCAAAAAUAGGAGAUCUACUUUUUAAACUACAUUAUUAGUUACUUGAGGAUUUUGUAGGUAAGCAUUUUUCGUGGUAUGAAUUAGGCCUCUCUUGAAUUAAGCUACUAAUUUAGAAGAGAAUGAUAAAAUUUUAUGAAAAAAGUCUUAUAGAGAAGGCUGCAUGAUACAGUACUCAUCUUCUAGAAUCAAAGACCUAGAAAUAAAAGCAAACACUCCUUUCAUUUUACAGAGAAGGAAACUGAGGUCCAGAAAGGUGAAAUAAGUCACUCAAACAAGUAUUCAAUGUCAGAGUCUUGGUUUGAAUGAAGAACCUCUAACUGUAGGGGCAGCUGGGUGAUGCACUGGAUGGAUCUGGAGUCAGGAAGAUCUGAGUUCUAAUCUGUCCUCAGAUACUUACUAGUUGUACGUCCCUGGCAAGUCACUUAACCCCUAUUUGCCUAAAUUCCUCAUCUCUAAAAUAGAGACACACUGAAAAGCUUCUUAACCUUCCCAAGUUCCAGGAAACUCUUUAAGCCUCAUCUAGUAAGGUAAAGAUGAGUUUCAAUCUGCCUUAAUGAAUGGAGUGUUUAUACUGGUGAAAUUACAGAUGCUUGACAUAUUGACAUUAUGCUGGAACUGGCUCAUACCAGCUCUUGAAAGCUAAUUGUUAAAUUUUCAGUGUAAGCAUUUAUACCUCAGAAGUUGGCCAACAGUACAAAUCAGACUUUAUUUGCUGUUUUGUUGAUUGUUUCAACUUAAGAAAGUGAUAGUAAAAAUGUUAAUAAUACAGAUUAAAUUCAAAA